UGUGGGGAGGUUAUACAACAGUGUUUUUGCGUUAGGGUGCUGGGUGUCUGUGGCCAGCUAAUCAUAUAUGGGAGCUGAAGGGUGUACAUAAUCAUGGUACAUACCAAUCAUGUAGCCAUGACUUGCACCAUAGACAAGAUUCUUCAAGAUGCCAAAACGCUGUUGGAGAGGCUGAAAGACCACGACAAUGCUGCAGAGUCUCUAAUUGACCAAUCAAGCGCUCUUAAGAAACGCGUGGAAACCAUGAAGGAGGUUGGAGCGGCGCUGCCAGAGAAGUGUCAGGAAGACUUUGCAGAAUUAAAGGACACCACUAAGUACAAACCUCAUGUGCUCUUAUGUCAGGAAAACACACAAAUCAGGGACCUACAACAAGAAAACAAAGAGUUGUGGCUGUCUUUGGAAGAGCAUCAGUAUGCUUUGGAGCUUAUUAUGAGCAAGUACAGGAGGCAAAUGCUGCAAUUAAUAGCCAACAAGAAGCCUACGCCGACGGAGCCAGUUCUGGAAGCUCAUGAAAUCUAUUCUACUGAAAUAGAGGGUCAGAUUGACAGAAUCUGUGCGAUGGGGGAAGUAAUGAGAAAAGCCGUAGAGGUGGAUGAAGACCAAGCCUAUACGAUUCGAGAGAGACUUGCUCAAUUAGAGCUAGAAAACAAGGAGCUUCGGGAAAUACUUUCUGUGAGUAAGGAGUCUCUGCAUUCAUCAAAACAGGAGUCUGAGUGGAACGCAUCAGAGAAAACACAGUGAUCGUCUACCUUGCUGCGAAAGCCUAGGCCACUAUUAGAGUAUUCAAUUGAGUCUAAUUUAUGAUGUUUAGGGGCCAUAAUUUGACUUGUAAAAAAUGUUAGUUUGGGGCGAUAUCACUGCCCCAGAAGCACAGAUUGAUGGUUGUGCAUGGGCUUUGGAUAUGUGGAGCACAUCUGUUUUAUAGGUGUGGUGCCGCAAAACAUUGAAGAUAGAGUAUGUUUAAUAGAAACUAUUUAAUUUCUAAAGAGAUCUCAGUGGUAAAUUCUUUAUUUAAAUAUAGAUAGAUAUAUCUAAAUAAAAGGAACUAUGUGUUUUUAAGUGACCUGUACAA